ACAAGAUGCGCUUCAAGGCGUCAAUACAGAACAUCACCACCUUUACGAAGCUUACUGCGUCGCUCAACUCGCUCGGCCCGCUCGCGUGGGUGAAGCUCAGCGAAGAGCAAGUAUGCUUCACUAUCAUACCGGAGCAAGGCACGCAAGUGUGGGCUGUUCUAUCUAUUGACUCCAUCUUCAGGGACAUCUUCGUCCAGUCUGCGGCAAACAAUGUCAUCAAUCUCGAAGUCCCACUUACAUCACUCAAUCGCGCCCUCAAGUCGGCAUUGAACGCGACAUCUGCCCAGAUUCGCCUCACAAAGAAGGACAAUAUGCCUAUGCUGGCACUCACCAUUGUUACCACCGCAUCCUCGAACGCGCUCCCCCCAGCAACUGCAAACAACGACGACGGCUUUGAUGCCCCGUUCGACGACGAAUUCGGCCGAGGAAAUCGCGAGACAAUCGUCACGCAGGAGAUACCCGUCAGAGUUCUGGCGCCGGAUACGGUAGCUGGCUUACAUGAGCCGCAAUGUCGGGACCCAGAUGUACACAUCGUACUUCCGCCACUCAUGCAGCUCAAGAGCAUCAGCGACAGGUUCACCAAGCUAGCAUUGGCGGAUACCAAGUCUGGUAGUGGGACUAUAGCAUCCAGAACACGACUGGAGUUGGCGGCGAACAUGCACGGGUGUCUAAAGAUGAGCAUCAGGACGGAUGCACUGAGUAUCUCGUCCGUCUGGACGGAUCUCAACAACCCAGAGCUGGACCCAAGUCAGGUCGUAGGAGGCGAGAAUGGCAUCGCUGCUCAUCCGAGCACCCGCAUGAAGCAGCUUGGGAGUGCUGAUGGCCGCAGCGACGAGGGAUGGGCUUUGGUAAGGAUUGACGGUCGCGACUGGGGGAAAGUCAUGAGCGUGGGUAGGCUCGGUGGAAGGGUUAUUGCUUGCUUUUGUCAUGAGCACGCUCUCGUACUUUACGUCUAUCUACCGCAAGAUGACGGCGACAAUGAGUCAGUGCUGACGUACUAUGUUAGUUCUUAUAGCGCGUAGCUGCUGAUCAUGUCUUUGGAAGCGACGUUUAUGAUUUAUUAUGUAGAUACCAUUUCUCACGAGAUAGUGCGAUGUUCGUCAAGAAGUAAUGCUAGCUUACACUUGCUGCCUAGCCUCAACUCAGCGUUGCGGCGAGGUAUGUGCUCGACGAAGUAAGAGACAAGAGACUAGCUUCAUCAGGUAUCUCUUAGCAGUCUUGAACAUUGCCC